AUGCUCCGCAACACGCCACGACGCACGCACCGAAUCGAACCUUCCACCUGUCCCGCAAUUUCGUUGGCAAACAUCAUGUCGCGAAGUCACCGCCCCUCGACGACGCCCAUGGACUUUGAGUGGACGAACCAAACAGGCCCCAUCGACGCUCAAUCGCCUUUCCUCGCUGCCAGCCAGCAAAAGAAGCGUGAGUCCCCAGGCCCCUCUUUCGCUUUCGGACGCAACACAUUUGGGGAAACACAACCGCUGACUUCAGGGCCUUCUUUCGGCCAGCCAGGCCCUCACUCCGUCCUAGAUUCCCCCUCUAAGAACGGUUUCGCGACACCGAAUCGGCUGCGCGACCCCGACAACCGCAUGACAUACUUCAGCCGCGAUCCUUCCAAGCCGCUACCGUCCACACCCGCAUCUUCGGUGCCCGCACACAUCCAACCGAGCCCCUGGUCUAUGCGAACGCCCUCACACGACCUCGACUUCAGCUCCGGCGGGGAAACACCGGGUACACCACAGGUAGACAGCGACCCUGGCACACCAGACACGCAAUUGGCGAGCAAGAUGGGGCGGUUGGGCAACGGCGAUGCAAAGGGCGGGCGGCGAGACAGCUGGUUCAAGCGGACCUUCAUGUCCACGCCGAGCCCCACCAAAGAGCGGGACAGAGAGCGGGACAAGGACGUGUCGCAAAAGUACUACUCCAAGAAAGCCGAGAACCGCAUAGUCAAGCGCCGGUCAGAGCGCUCACGGUCCAAGAAGCGCGCCACGGUACAUGACGACGACGGCGAAGAUUCCGACAACAACGACCAGAGACGACCCCAAGUCCCUCCCAAAGAGGCGGGGCCUGUCCAGCAGACUCUCGCUAUGAGCGUAGGCGGCUUCCUCUCGUGGGUGGAAGCGCACCCCAACCUCCCCUCCGUCCUAUCCUACUACCUCCAACUCACCGUCAACAUGUUCCUCGGCAGCCUCUUCAUCUACAUCGUCUACUCCGCCUGGGCGGGCGUCAUGACCGACGUCGACAUCGAGUCCUCCAAACACGCGUCGGAGGUCAUGGUUGAAAUCGCCGGAUGCGCCAUUGAAUACAACCGGAACCGGUGUCGGCCGGAGGAAGUCGUGCCGGCGAUGGAGCGGGCAUGUGGUGUCUGGGAGACGUGCAUGAACCGUGAUCCGAAGAAAGUUGCAAGAGCGACUGUCACGGCGAAGACGUUUGCUAUGAUAUUUAACUCUUUUGUUGAGGAGUUUAGUUAUAAGUCUAUGGUAUGUUGCUUUCUUCUCGGUAUACCGGCGGUCGCUGUGUAUGGAGCUGUCCACGAACGGCGCGAGCACAUUGAUUGUGCGCAUACGCAUUCGCACAACCAGUACACCCAGUUCUGCACUUGCUUUCAGCGCAGCCAAACCCAACCCCACAGCCUCCAACACACCCACCACCACCAACCCCCAAAUACACAUCCCAACGCAAACUAA